AUGGUUCGACCUACACUGCUGCGAGCCAUCCUGGCCACGUUUGCGCUUGUCGCCAUUGGCGCUGCUGCAUCUUCGGACGCACCUGCCUCCUCUGCAGCCCCUGCGGUGUCCGCUGUACCCGAUCUGGACGACGACGGCCAGCCUCUGCAGUUCAUCAACUCGGUGGUGGGUGAUGACGACGAUGACGACUACACGCCCGCGCAGCUGGCGGCGCGUUCGGAGCUUCGACGCUCCAAGCAUCACCACAAGCACUCUUCGCGCAAGUCGACGGCGUCGCGCAAGCUGUUCACCAUCGGCCCGGCACAGACCGACUCGAUGUGGUCGCGCAACGUGCAGAUCACCUGGUACGCUUCCAACGACCUCAAGAAUCCGCAGUGCGGCAAUGGCGGCGGAAGCUGGCAGCCCGAGAACAGCUGCCACAUCGGCGCCGUCGUCAAGGGCUGGAACGACGGCCCGCAGUGCGGCGAGUUCGUCAAGCUGUGCAACAAGGAGGCCGACAACCACUGCGUCACCGUCAGGGUCAUCGACAAGUGCGCCGGGUGUGGAGAGGAUCAUGUCGACCUCACCAAGUCGGCAUUCAAGAAGCUCAGCCCCAGCGGAAGCUUGACCGAGGGAAGGAUCAAGGGCCUCAAGAUGUACAGGACCAAGACGCCGAACCCCUGGGACCUCGCCCUGUUCGGCCCCAAGCUGCUCCAGGGAUGA